AUCUCCAAACUUUUGCCAGAUUGUUCUGCAUAGAAAUUCCUGAAGGAUACACAAUAUUUGUUUAAAUUGUUGAAACCGAGGGAUUUUCCAAAGCAAACAAGAAUGGGAACUGGAGAAGAGAGUACCCCUCCUAAGCCUUCUAAACCAGCUUCUUCAACUCAGGAAAUCCCAACAACGCCACCUUAUCCUGAUUGGUCAAGUUCAAUGCAGGCUUAUUAUGGUGCUGGAGCUACUCCACCUCCCUUUUUUGCCUCAACAGUUGCUUCUCCAGGUCCUCACCCUUAUUUGUGGGGAAGCCAGCAUCCUUUAAUUCCACCAUAUGGGACCCCAGUCCCAUAUCCAGCUAUAUAUUCUCCCGGGGGAGUUUAUGCCCACCAUAGCAUGACCACGACUCCAAGCUUAGCACCGACAAAUAUGGAGGUGGAAGGGAAAGGCCCCGAUACUAAGGAACGAACUUCUGUUAAAAAAUCCAAGGGGACUUCUGGUGGCAAGAGUGUAGAGGGGGGGAAAGCAGCUUCAGGUUCCGGGAAUGAUGGUGCCUCCCAAAGUGCUGAAAGUGGAAGUGAGGGUUCGUCAGAUGGAACUGAUGAGAAUCCUAAUCAACAGGAAUAUGCUGGAAGUAAAAAAGGAAGCUUUGACCAGAUGCUCGCGGAUGCUAAUGCACAGAAUAAUACUGCUGGUGCAAUCCAACCUUCAGUACCUGGGAAGCCUGUGGUCUCAAUGCCUGCUACCAAUCUGAAUAUCGGGAUGGACUUGUGGAACGCAUCCUCUGCUGCUUCUGGUGCUGCAAAAAUGAGACCAAACCCAUCUGGAGCCUCAUCGGCAAUUGCUGCACCAAUGCCCGAGCAAUGGAUUCAAGAUGAGCGUGAACUGAAAAGACAGAAAAGAAAGCAAUCUAACCGGGAGUCUGCUCGGCGGUCACGAUUACGUAAGCAGGCGGAGUGUGAAGAGCUUCAGGCCAGAGUGGAAACCUUGACCAAUGAAAAUCACAAUCUUCGGGACGAGCUUCAGAGGCUUUCAGAGGAGUGUGAGAAGCUAACCUCAGAAAAUAAUUCUAUUAAGGAGGAGUUGACGCGGGUAUGUGGACCAGAUGCAAUAGCUAACCUUGAACAGACGGCAAAGGAGACAGUUGCCCAUUCCCGGGGUGGUGAAGGAAACAGUUAAAUAGUAUGGUAGACACAGCUAUGAGAUAGAGCUUUUCGGCCAGAGCAUAAAAUUUCUUGGUCUACUCGAACUUUUACUACACUUUGGCUUUUUAAUUGGGCACGAAUACCUAGUUACUUUUCUUACUAAUCUAUACGGUUUUUAACCCUUUUUCCUCAGCAACUGUAAUAUUUAUCUAGCAAAAUUUUUAACAAGAAUCAAUAUUGUUGUACUUGUAUUAUUAUAUGAUUGGUUGAGAGCAAGAAAUAAUUGUUAGUCUAGUGAGGAACCCACUUAUUGAUUUCACUUGCA